UACUUUAAUGUAAAUAAGUUGUACGGCAUUUUCAAAUCUAGGAAGUCUGAUAAUUAAAUUACCGACUGAUUCAGGAAAUAAAAUAUAUUAUCUCUAUCCUUGAUCCAUCAGAUCUCCAGUACUAUUAGUAAUAAUGUUCAGUAGAAAACUGUUUAUCAAAUUAAAUUCACUUUACAACACUUAGCAUUUUGUUUACAACUCUCAAGACUUUAUAGUUGCGUUUGUUCAAGAUCACGAUCAUGUUUUUAAUACAAAAAACCAUCGUCAUAAACGCCGCCGUGAGAACUUGAAUUUUCUACCAGAGAGGGUUUGUUGCUAUGACAACAGAAUAACAACGUGUAUUGUGGCUUUGUAUAAGUUUGGAUUUCACUGAUUUAUCUAAUAAUCUUUAUAGAAUUUCAGAUUUAUUUUGUGUUGUAUCAUACUUUAGCGAAGAAAAUACGAAAAUAGUAUGGUGAAGUUGCAUGUUAAAAGAGGUGAUGAAAGCCUGUUUUUAUAUGACACUACUGUUGAAAAACAGGUAGAUGAAAUUAUUAAGGAGGUAACAGUUAUCUACAAUGGAAGAUUGAAAAUUAGACGAAUAUGCGAUGAAAUGGAAGAGCUUGCAAAGCAUGGGACACUUCUUCCUCCAAAUAUUAUGGGUCUAACAGAUGAACAAGUGGAAGAACUGAAAUUAGUGGAUGAAUGGGGAGAGAAAUGUGUUCCUAGUGGUGGUUGGACCUUCAAUAAAGAUCCUAUUGGAAGGAGAAAUGGCAAGCAACCUAAUGAGCAUAUGCAAGAUGUCAUUAAACGAACAACCGAAGAAGCAAAGGCAGUGGUCUCUAAGAAGCAAAUCCAAGCUGAUGUUUGUCUGACGCUGAAGAUGGUUCAGAAUGCUCUGGACAUUCUUAGAGGUGCAGUAAUGAUUGUCUACCCUAUGAAUCUUCCACCACAUGAUGUAAUACGUCAUGAAUUGGAGAAUACUGAAGAUCUGUCUGGAAUGCAAGCUUCUUUAGAGGUCAUAGAAGUCACACAAACCCAAUUGUGGUUUUCUGGUAAAGAAAUGUAUCGAGAUAAGAAGCUGGCAGAUUACGUGGGCCGCAAUGAAAAAACUAAGGUGAUCGUGAAACUACAGAAGCAGGGACAGGGUGCACCUGGAAGAGAGCCGGUGGUCAGUGAAGAAGAACGCAAGCAGAUGAUGCUUCAUGCUUACAGGCGCCAGGAAGAGCUCAAGAUAUUUUCUAUGUCGUGGAACGUUGAGCAUUCAAGUUCAAGUAAUGAUGUACAUGAGACGAAUAAUAAACGACGCCGGGCGUCCACUUGGCGCCUCAGUGGCUCCCACGCUGGGAUUAGGCCUACUUUUCACAGUAGCAGAGCACAGCAAACUCAUCCCUUGCCUCGGCACGCAACAAACCUUCAGAAAUAGGUCAUCCAGGCUCGUGUUUCUGUGUUUGUGACAUUUUUUAUAUAGAUGGAUGCCAUUAAGCGAUAUCGACGUUUUGGAAGCUAUAUGAGGAAUUCCGAAGAAUGGGACAAAACAAGCACGCCUUUUCUUGUUUGUUUUUUGGAAGAACAUUGUUCACAGAAAAGCCAGAGACACGUUAUUCUGUGCUUUAUACAAGUUUCUCAAAUUGAAAUCCGCUAAACGCGUGAUAAUUGUUGCACUUUUGAGUUCUGUGUCAUGCUGAUAUGCAAUAAUAAACGCAAAGUGAUAAGAAAUGUAUUUAAAUAGCGGCACUUUGUUUCAAAUUUGAAAUUUAUUGUAGAAAUUAGAACUGUUUGCGUAACACAAAGUAGUUGCGUUUCGUAUUAGUCUAAUAGUCAUUCUAAAAUUGUUACUCGUAUGAAGGAAAUGCAUCAAGAGAAGUGAUGAAGUUUUUCAGCUAACACCGUUGUUCAAAAUACUUAUGGAUGUUUACAAAGAUCUAUUCUUAUUCCCAAGCCAAGCAGCGGUCCUCUGCCGAUAUGUUUAGAAACACCAUUUUCAUUUCGAACAUUAUAAGCAUUGUCAGUAUCGAGUUUGAAAAAUCAUUAAAGAAGCCCCAAUUGAUUAAUACGUGGGUAGACUCGGUGUGACAACCACGGCGGAGCUAAUAUUACCGAAAGGACUAGGUGUUUUGCAGUAACGCUUUGACGUAACAUCAAAACAUAAUUAAUCAUCCUGAAAUCUUUCAACAAUAGAGUGGGCCGUGUGUUAAAUAACGAACAUGUGUCGACUUUUUAGAUGGAGUAGUCCUUGAGGAGCUGAUAGUCGCUCAGCUAGUCAGAUUCCCCGCCGUUUAUAAAACCCGAAGGUGUGUUUGCUGUUUUUAACAAGACGUCGCCUCCAUUCUUCAUCCUGAGCACGUGAAUUCAGUCCUCACCCUCUCGCUCUAUUUCCUUAAGAUCCAUCUUAAUAUCUUUCUCCCAUUUACGCGAAGGUCGCAAACGUUCAGGUUUUUUCACUACAACGUUUUAUGCACUUCUAAUCUCCCUCAUGCGUGCUACAUGAACCGCCAAGCUCAUUUAUUGAUUCUGUCU